AUGAGGCAUCACCUCCAACUCAAUUCUAUACUCUUCACCUUUUCGGUCAAUCCGUCAGUUACUGUUUGUCCCACCUCGCUUGCCCAACUUGGUCUGAGGCUCAGCGAGACCUUGUGCAACGUACCUCGUCGCGGCACAUUCCCAUACGCUUCGCCGACGUCGUCUGUGAGUGGUAUCAUCGUCAGCACUGACCUACAACGUAUAACUUUUCGCUUUGAUAAGUUGUAA